AUGGCAAAGAAGAAAGGCUUGUUCACUAUAUUGAAAAGGAUUUUUAUCUCAGAAGCUCACUCAGAAAAGAAAGAGAAGAGAAGAAGAUGGACAUUUUGGAAGCUCAAGGUUAAGAAAAGACUACCUUCCAUUACAGCACCACCAGAGCAAGCCACAAGAAACGAAUCGCUCGAGGAACAGAAAGAGGAAAGUGUGUCAGAUGUCGGUGAAGUCAGCCAAGUAUCUUGUAGUCAUCAACAGUUAGAUUCCAUAGAAAAGCUAGAAGGUUCAACAUCACCAGAAACUUCUGAUCUGGUAGUCCAAUAUCAAAUGUUUCUAAAUAUAGAAGAAGAAGUUCUUGCUGCUACUCGGAUUCAGACAGCCUUUCGUGGUCAUCUUGCAAGGAAAGCUCUACGUGCGUUGAAAGGAAUAGUGAAGCUCCAAGCAUAUAUCAGAGGCCGUGCCGUGAGACGCCAGGCAAUGACUACACUAAAAUGCUUGCAGUCUGUUGUGAACAUUCAGUCACAGGUCUGUGGUAAGAGAACACAAAUUCCCAGAGGUCCUCACAGAGAUUAUGAUCAAGAUAGCAGCAAUAAGUUUCAGAUAUUCACCGAGAACAUACUCAAGGUGGAGACAAACGGUCAAAAGAGAUGGGACGAUAGUCUGCUAACAAAGGAAGAGGCACAAGCUGUUUUCAUGAGCAAGAAAGAAGCUUCGUUAAGAAGAGAAAGGAUCAAGGAAUAUGCAGUCACUCACCGGAAAUCUGCAGAGUCAUACCAGAGACGGAGUAACACGAAAUGGAAGUACUGGCUAGACGAAUGGGUAGAUACACAACGAACCAAGAGCAAGGAGCUUGAAGAUCUCGACUUGUCUUUAAAAGCAAAACCGAAAGAAGAAACUUUGAAUAAAACUCCAAGAAACUCAUCUCCAAGAAGAUUGGUGAAUAAUAGUCACAGAAGACAAGUUUCAAUAGGUGAAGAGGAACAACAACAAAACCUUGGACCGGUCAGUGUCACUACGCCAACUUAUAUGGUAGCAACAGAGUCUGCAAAGGCAAAGUCGAGAUCUUUGAGUUCCCCGAGGAUAAGACCGAGAAGUUUCGACACGCAGUCAGAGAGUUACUCUCCGUAUAAGAACAAGUUAUGUUUGACCACUUCGGUUAUGAGUGAAGCACCAAGCAAAGUCAGGAUUGGGAAUAGUACUAGGCCAAGUUCGUACCAGCAACGGUCUCCAGGGUUAAAGGGAUUUAGCAUUGGCCCGUUGAAGUCUUGCAAUGGACGUCUUCUUUGCAUUAUAGAGCAGCGUGUGAAGGCAGGGCUUAAGCGACAUCGUUUUGAGAAGGAAGAAAUCGAGAAGGAGGGAGGAGGAGAUAUGUCACUGGUAGACUACGACGAUUCUUCGUCCGACGACGAUGUUUUGCCCGCCGCCGAGAAGAAGGAACCACUACCAUUACCACCACAACCGCAACAAAAACCCUCUGUAGCUCAAUCUCUUCCUCGAAAUACACAGAGAUGUAUAAAUGAGAAGGAAAAGAGUGACGAACUUCCUCAGCUACCAGAUGCUUUGUUUCUUCUGGAGUCACCAACGAUCACACAGGUGAGUGGUGGCGGUGACCAUGCUUCCGUUGUUGAAGCUGCAAUGGCGCAGAGUGCAUUACGCAAAAGGGAGUUAAAUGGGAGUCAUUCUUCUCUUCCUCGCCGUCCCAAGCUACCAAGAGGAAACUUGCCUCAUUCAAAGAAUAUUCCAGAUACUUUUGGAAAUGUGCUUGUGCCUCCUCAGCUCAAGGGAAGGAGCAAUGUUGCCACAGAGGAUAUAGGCAGGCUUUUUGUGAAGAAACGGCAAGAUUCCUCCAAGGCAACAUCUCCAAAUCAGGAUUAG